GGCGGCACUCGCCUUGUCGUUGUAUUCAGCGCUUGACCUGUUUGUCUCCAGUCUUAACGUUUUCUCAGCAGAUUAAAAACACUUUAAUAGCAUUAUGCAGUGUUUGUUUCAAACGUCGGACUUCUCCAAGCACCAACACUGAAAUCGGCCGAUAAGGAGAUUUCUAGAUACUCUGCUAGCUACAUCAGGAGGAACAACACAUGCUAACACACCUAGCUAGCUACACUGUUAGCAUCUUCUUAGCGGUCCCGUCCACUUGAAGGCAUCAUUGAGGCUACUACACAGUCUGCUACAGACUUUACAUAGUCUGUGGUACAACGGAGACCAGAAUAAUGACCUCAGCUUCCACUAAAGUUGGGGAGAUCUUCUCGGCAGCUGGAGCCGCCUUCACCAAACUAGGAGAGCUCACCAUGCAGCUUCACCCAGUGGCAGACUCCAGCCCCGCAGGUUCCCAUCCUCCCUCCAGCGGUCAGACGAAGAGCACCGUGAAGAGGAAGCUGUAUGAAGAUGGAGCUCUGCCCGCCUCCUCGGACGGGCCCAAGAAGGCAGUCAAGAAAAACGUUGCCACUGUUGCCGUGGCGACGAAAGGCAUCCCAGCCGUUGUCUCUGUGCCCAAAGCUCAGGUUGUCAUGGCGUCAGGACUACAGGGUUCCCCCUCCAGGCAGCCCACGCUGAAGAAACAGAAGACCGCAGAUGUGACCCUCAGUGCUCUUAACGACUCCGAUGUGAACAGUGAUCUUGUGGACAUCGAGGGACUGGGUGAAGGAUCCAACUCCAAAAAACUCAACAACUUUGAUCAAGAUAACCUGAACCUGGACUCAAGCUUCAUCAUGAAUCCUGGUGACCUUCCUCUGCUCUCCCGUUGACCUUUGACCUCCUGUGGACUUAAAACGAUGGACAAAACUAUGACAAUAAGAGCAAAGUUGUGAUAAACUGGACUCUCUGAGCCACAAGAUGCUGACCACCCACAUUGGAGUAAAUAUGCUAGUAUUGAACAUUGUGUUAUGUCAUGCAGGACUCUUAUCCAAUUCAACGCUCCUCACCACUGAGAGUGAGAGUUGACACAAUCAGAAUCAUGUUAAGAUCAGGUCACUUUUUUUGUUUACCGCAAUAACAUUUAUUUGAGACCAUUUCCUCUCCUCCUCAUUGACAUCUGCUUUGUAGGAACGUCCAGAAAAUCCUCAAAAGACGGACUUUAUGCAGCGAGGAAGCUGUUCUAACAUUCACACUUCCUGUGUUUCUUUAAAGAGAAGCCAGGAAAACAAACACAACGCAGCAGAAAAACCUCGGCUUCAUCAACACUUUUCAUCAAGAUGCACCCGAUUGGAAAGCAGAUGUUUGUCUGAACAAUGUAAACAGUGACAUUUUAUUGUAUUUCAUGUUCCUUUCAGUGUUGCCAGAUUUCACAUUUGUAUUAACAGCUGUUAACACAAGACUCAGUCUACGUAUUCAAGUAUUUAGAACAACAAAGACAUUUUGGAUUCUUUUGAGUGAUU